AUGUCCAUCGAAAUAAAAAAAUUUCCAAGAUGGUACUUUGGUGGCCUAGCAGCCGCAUCCGCAGUAUGCGUUACGCAUCCUCUAGAUCUAGUAAAAGUCCACCUACAGACCCACAAAGGCGAACCCAUUACUCUUCGUCAAAUGUUUGUCACUAUAGUUAAAAAUGAAGGGUUUCUGGCUUUAUACAAUGGAAUAUCAGCUUCAAUAUUCCGACAACUGACCUAUUCAACUACCAGGUUUGCUAUUUACGACUACGCUAAAGUGAAUAUAGAUAUGACCAAUUUUACCACAAAAAUGGCAGUAGCAGCAGUUGGCGGAGCCAUAGGAGGUUGGGUGGGAGCUCCUGCAGAUUUGGUUAACGUCAGACUGCAGAACGACAUGAGAAUACCAAAAGACCAAAGAAGAAACUAUAAACACGCCUUCGACGGAUUAUAUCAAGUGAUCAAAACUGAAGGAUUACCCCGACUAUUUACCGGUUCUUCCACAGCUUCAAUGAGAGCUGGUGUUUUAACUGUUGGACAAAUCGCUGUUUACGAUCAGUCUAAAUUUCUCCUUCUACGCUCAGGCAUGUUUCAGGAUAAUGUAGUGACGCACCUCGCUGCUAGUUUUAUAGCAGGAAUAGCGGUUACGAUCAUGACGCAACCUCUGGAUGUAUUGAAAACGAGACUGAUGAAUGCUAAAGAAGGAGAGUUUGCUGGUAUUACGCAGUGUGUUGUAUAUACAAGCAAAGAAGGUCCAUUGGCGUUUUAUAAGGGCACUAUUCCAGCUGCUGUUAGAAAUAUCCCUAAUACUGUCAUUACUUUUAUCAUUUAUGAACAGAUGACGAAAUAUUUCGGAUAUAUUCCUAAGUUUAAAUGA